AUGGCUAUAGCUUCUCUUCUACCCAAAUCAAUCUCACUCUUUCUCACAAACCCACCUUCUAUACCCUUAACCCACUUCACCAAUGUCUCCUUCUUGAACAACCCAACAGACCAACCUCUUUGCAGCAAAAAAACUAUCUGUGCAAAUGCCAAAAAAAAGAAUCAGUGGCUUGACCCUUUCGACUAUGGCGAUGACCCCGAAAUGGAGUAUGGGUCAUUAUUCGCUGAUGGUAAGCAAGAAGAGGAUCCGAGGCCACCGGACAAUCCCGAUAACCCAUAUGGGUUUUUGAAAUUCCCAAUGGGAUACAGUGUGGAAAUAGCUUCUUUGGGGUUGAAGAUUAGAGGGGAUGUUCGUCGAUGUUGUUGUGUGAUCUCUGGUGGUGUUUAUGAAAACUUGUUGUUCUUCCCGGCGAUUCAGUUGAUUAAGGACAGGUACCCUGGUGUUCAGGUGGAUGUGGUGGCGUCACCUAGAGGGAAGCAGACUUAUGAGUUGAAUAAGAAUGUGAGGUGGGCUGAUCCUUACGAUCCAGAUGAGGAUUUUCCUGAUCCGGCGGAGUAUACCGAUAUGAUUGGAGUUCUUAAGGGUAGGUAUUACGACAUGAUCUUAUCAACCAAACUGGCAGGGCUUGGUCAUGCUGCAUUCUUGUUUAUGUCGACCGCCAGAGACAGAGUCAGCUAUAUAUACCCAAAUGUAAAUGCAGCAGGGGCUGGAUUGCUUCUAUCAGAAACAUUUACACCAGAUAAUAUGAACCUCUCCGAGGGUGGAUACCAUAUGUAUCAUCAGAUGACUGAUUGGUUGGGGAGACCAGGUCGCAAUGUUCCAAGGCAUCUUGUGUCUCCACUGAAAGUGUCGAUCUCAAGGAAGCUGAAGGAGGUCGUUGAGGCAAAAUAUAAGAAUGCUGGUGCAGAGAAAGGAAAAUAUGUUGUGAUUCAUGGAAUAAAAUCAGAUUCAAAAGCUUCUAUGCAGUCUAAAGGGGACAUUGAUAGCUUGCUACCAAUCGAAGUAUGGGCUGAGAUAGCCAUUGCAAUAAGGGGUGUCAAACCGAUCUUUGUCAUCCCACAUGAGAAAGAAAGGGAAAACGUGGAGGAAGUGGUUGGAGACAAUGCUAGUAUUGUGUUCAUUACUACCCCUGGACAGCUUGCUGCUCUUAUCAAUGACUCAAUUGGGGUGAUAGCUACAAAUACAGCCGCUAUCCAACUUGCACAUGCACGUGAAAAACCGAGGUAA